AUGCCUCCCCGCCCUCAGAAGAAGACCUCCGCCAGUCAGCCAGUAACCCGCUUGGUCUCCGAAGAGCGUGCCAAGUUGCGCGCCCGUCUCCACGCCCUUGAGGACAAAAAUCCGAAGAAACUGGUGUCAGCGAGCGUCGCACCACCCCAAGACGAGCCGAUAGAGUCGCCGGUUGAGGAGCAGGAGACGCCGAAGUGUCCGAAGAGGGGUGCUAAGGGGAAAGGAAAGGGCCGAGCGUCGGAGGCCACGCGGAGUGGUCGAGUGGAGGUGGUAGUGCCAACGGUUCAUGCAGCGGGAGCGGUGUCGCGGAGCACGACGUGCUCCGAUGCGGAGGUCCGCAGCGAGGUCUCCGCCGCGUCGAGCAAGCGUCGUCACGGUCAGACGGAGCUAUUGCUCCCAGACCCGGCCCCUGUGAAGCGGGCUAAGCACGAUGAGCCGGCCUCGGUCGUUGAUGACGACAACAUAUGGCAGCCGGAGGUGAACACGCCGUGCCUCCAGUGCAAGGCCACAAAGAAGGGGUGCCAGCCACCCGUCGCCCGAGGCAAUGCCACGGCAUGCCGCAAUUGUGCGCGCAGCAAGAAGCCAUGUUCGUUCGCGAACGCCGCACCGCGUGCCCUGACCGCUAGUGCCACUCCGUGCGCUCCGACGGCCAGCGCCGUCGUUCCGCGCCGUCAAGAAUCUCGGACCGCCUGUCCCCGCCACAAUGAAGAUAAUUUGUGGUCGGAGGUGAUGGAGGCGCAGCGGGCCUUGCGCCAGGGAGAGCGGUCCAAUGACCACUCCUACCUCCUGGACGAGAUCAAGCGGAUCGUCGGCGGGUCGGAGGAACGGGUCCAGGACGAGCUGGCCAGCCUGCGGCAGCAGGUGGAGGCCCUGACGAGUCAGGUGGCAGAGUUCGUGGAGGGGUCAUCGAGGCAGGGUGGAUCGGAGUCGGAGGAGGGUGAGGCCAAAGGCAAAGAAGAAGGGGAAGAGUCAGAGGAGUAG